GUGAAAGAGUGAACGGAGGAGGUGGAGGACUUCUUCCUCAGCACACACAGAGACUUCACCUUGCAACCUUCAUCUGUGGGAGGAGGGGAAAAGACUUGGGAUUGUUUGUUGCCCGCAGGAGGAAUUCAAGGUGAUCUUAGAGAUUCAUCAGAGCCAAAUGUGACAGCUGUCAAUAAGAGGUGUUGUACGACCUUCGUGACAUGAAUCACUAUGUGUUUGGAUACCUGACCUGACCAAACCACUGAUCCUGUUACUGUCGCUUCUUCGUUGUGCUCUCUGAGUGUGAAUGUGUGGCCUUGAGGUAUUCCCGAGGGACCAUAUGGCACAAUACCACACGAUAUAGGUCCCCUUUGUAUGAACUAACAUGGACAAAGUGGUCAUCAGUCUCCUGCUUCUGGGAACCGCAGUUACGAUGGUCCAUGCAUGUCCCAAAUACUGUGUCUGCCAGAAUCUCUCUGAGUCUCUGGGGACUCUGUGCCCCUCCAAAGGUCUGCUCUUCGUCCCACCGGACAUCGACCGGCGAACUGUGGAGCUACGGCUGGGCGGCAACUUCAUCCUCAAGGUCACCACUCAGGACUUUGCCAAUAUGACAGGUCUGGUUGAUCUCACCUUGUCUCGCAACACCAUCAGCGCCAUCCAGUCUUUCUCUUUCAUCGACCUGGAAACCCUCAGAUCGCUGCACCUCGACAGUAACCGGUUGACUGAGCUGGGACCGGAUGACCUCCGAGGGCUGGUCAACCUGCAGCACCUGAUCCUCAACAACAAUCAGCUAAGUCGGAUCUCCAGCGCAGCCUUUGAUGACUUGUUAUUGACACUGGAGGAUCUGGAUUUGUCAUAUAACAACUUGCGCAGUGUGCCUUGGGAAGCCAUCCGCAAGAUGGUCAACCUCCAUCAGAUGAGUCUGGAUCAUAACCUCAUCGCCUUCAUUGCAGAGGGGACUUUUACAGAUCUGGAUAAACUGGCCCGCUUGGACCUCACCUCCAACCGUCUCCAAAAGCUCCCUCCAGACCCCAUCUUUGCGCGCUCUCAGAGCAAUGUAGUAAUGAGCACUCCUUAUGCACCUCCUCUCUCUCUAAGCUUUGGCGGAAACCCAUUGCACUGCAACUGUGAAGUGCUUUGGCUUCGAAGACUGGAGCGUGAGGAUGACAUGGAAACCUGCGCUUCUCCAACUAGUCUAAAGGGGCGCUACUUUUGGUCUGUUCGUGAAGAGGAGUUUGUUUGUGAGCCCCCUCUGAUCACACAACAUACACACAAGUUGCUUGUGCUGGAAGGCCAAACGGCUAGCCUGCGCUGCAAAGCAGUCGGUGAUCCAAUGCCAACUGUGCAUUGGGUUGCUCCUGAUGACCGCUUGAUCAGCAACUCCUCCCGAGCAACGGUCUACGAAAAUGGCACCCUGGACAUUACAAUCACCACAUCCAAGGAUUACGGGACCUUUACUUGCAUUGCUGCCAAUGCUGCUGGAGAAUCUACAGCCUCCAUUGAGCUGUCAAUCAUUCAACUCCCCCAUCUGAAUAAUGGUACAAACCGUACCACACAGUCCAAGUCAGGGCUUUCGGACAUAACUAGCUCUACUAAGAUCAGCAAAGGGGAGCCUAAACCUUUACCAGAGAAGGUGGUGUCUGUGUCAGAAGUGACUGCCGUUUCUGCUCUGGUCAAGUGGACUGUAAGCAAAUCAACUCCAAAGGUCAAAAUGUAUCAGCUUCAGUACAAUUGUUCAGAGGAUGAAGUUCUCAUUUAUAGGAUGAUUCCCAUGAAUAACAGAGCCUUUGUAGUCACAAAUCUUGUCCCAGGGAUGCAGUAUGACCUGUGUGUCUUGGCCAUCUGGGAUGACACCGCCACCACCCUCACUGCCACCAACAUUGUAGGCUGUGUCCAGUUUAUCACCAGGGAGGACUACCCGCAGUGCCAGUCUCUCCACAGUGGCUUCCUGGGUGGCACUAUGAUCCUGGUCAUUGGUGGCAUCAUUGUGGCCACAUUGCUCGUGUUCAUCAUCAUCCUCAUGGUGCGAUAUAAGGUGACAAGUGGCAUCCAGACUAAUAAAUUACCCACUGUGAGCAACACCUACUCACAGACCAAUGGGGGUUUGAACCGGUUCAACGGUGCUCCACCACAGGUCAAAUCCACGGUGGUGGUCAUGCGUGAGGAAAUGGUAGAGUUCAAGUGUGGAUCCCUCCAGAGCAGUCUCUCCUCAUCAUCAUCCUCUUCUAACUCAUUAGAUAGCCAAACAGGAAGGGGGACUGGAGACCGCUACAGCAUGCAGGGCAGUGAAUGCAGCACUCUGCCCAGCAGCAAGUUCAGGAGGCACAGGCACGGCGCCAAAGCACGGCAAAACCUGGACCACCUUUUAGGGGCUUUCACCUCACUGGAGCUGAGAGGAGUAGCGAGGGACCACCAUGGGGCUCCUGGUCCCGCCACCACUUCCAGUGCUAUGAUGACGGUGGCCAUGUUGCCCCCGUCCGAUAAAGAACCCCUGCUCGGGAGGGCAGAGUCCACCACCAUGCUGGGGCGUCUACUAGGGAUGCCCCAGGAGGGUAAGCCCAAGAGGAGCCACUCGUUUGACAUGGGUCAUGUUGGGGCUGCACAGUGUCGCAGCAACUACCCUCGCAGGAUCAGUAACAUCUGGACUAAGCGCAGUCUGUCUGUUAACGGCAUGCUGCUGCAGUAUGAUGACAGAGAGGAUGAGAAGCCCACUUUUGAGAGCUCGGAGUGGGUGAUGGAAAGCACAGUUUGAGUGGGUCUAUCUGCGAGGUCCAUGGCCAAAAAAAAUCAGGAACUAAAGGAAGAUGAGUGCAGGGGCAGGAUGAUCCACAGGGGACCUGCCUUUGGGUAUUGCAUGAAGUUCCAUGUGAAUACUGUCUAAGUAACUAUGUGAUAAAAGACACUCAAAUCGAUAGAUUCCUGGCCAUGAUCUCAAAUCUCUGACAGUGUUUAACUGUAUUUGAAAUCUUGUUCUCAUCUCAAACCAACGCCGAAUCGUGGAUUGUGCAGAGGGAAUCAUUUCCAAUCUGCAGGGCACAUGAGAGUGUCUCCAAGAGAAAGAGGGAAAAGAAAGAUGAGAAAUUCAAAGUGGAUUUACUACGUCUUUAUCAAAAGAACUGAAUGCCAAGAGGAUUUGCCUUGACUGUGGUGAACUGGACAUGCGUCACAAUGUCUUGGACCCUCAGCAUGAAUGGGACUACUGCGACAGUAGAGAGAAGGACCAGCGGAGCGAAUAGAAAAUUAAAACAAAGUCAUUUUUUAUUUUCAUCUUGGUUUUUCUAUCAUUUUUACUAUUUAUUAUUUGAGGUGAUUCAUCAGCAGGCAGAGGCACAGCUCUUUAAUGAGGUCAUAAUAAACACAUACACACAGAAGCUACCCCCUCACAUACAACCAUUUCAUAUCUCUCAACAGUUAAGUCAAAUUUCAAUCAGUCACAAACUGAAAACACGGCUUAUUUUCAAACAGUAUGGUCUCGUGUUCUGGAUAUCAGUACCACUGAACCACAACAAGCCAGGCUUGUAUUUCUACCUCAGGUUAUGUAUCAUAUGAGGUUAUUUAAAUAUGAAAGCGACUGGAAAUACAACAAAACCCCAAAUGCACAAGAGGAUCACAAACAGCUCAAAACACAAUGUUCUUUACUUGUUUGCAAACGCUUCAAAGAAUGAUUUAGUCUCCAGCCAAUCAGAUUGAGUAUGUUUCCGGCUCAGGUUGAAUUCCUGCUGUUGCAAAAAUGUCUUUCUGGAUGCUUUGAUAUGCUCCCCAUUGGCUAAUGCUGGUGACAGCGGUCCCUGUAGGCUCUAAGGCCAUUGAUAUAAACAGAGUGUUUGCCUCAGGAUAUGGUUUCAGAUGCUAUCAGCACAUAUUACUGUCACCAGAUGGGAAUAGUUUUUGAAAUCCAUCAGGCUCACUUAAUCAUUUGCUUAUCCCCACAGCAGGAUGUAUUAUUCGGCUCUAAUUCUCUUUAGGUAACACAAACAAGAGAGUAUGACAAUUACUCAUUUAGCCAGGUUAAAUGGCUGAAUGAGUCCAAAUUGACUCUUAUUAGCUUGAUGAAGGUCAUUACGCUGCUCAUGAGAGGAUGUUAAGUGGAGAAAAUUGGAGAAAGAAAGAAACUUUUUAACGGCCAAAAAGCUGAAAACUCUCUGGAAAUCAGUUUCACCAGAUUGCAUGAUACAGAACCCUUUUUGGUUUAUGUAUUAUUUAAACUGAUUCAUCAAUUAAUCAUUUAUCCUCCACUGUCUUUCAUAUGGAGCUGUACAUUGCAGGAAGGUACUUUGAAUUAGUGGCUCUUCAGAUUACUGCCUACGAUCAACCAAGACAUCUCAAUCACAUUUUGAUGCCUUUCUCAAUAUCUUGUGGGUCUCUGCUGCAUUUCAAAACGUGGGGUGGUCAUCUUUUUUCUUUUUUUUUUUAAUUAUUGUUUCCAUUCCUAGGUGUACUGUUCUGUAUAUUGGCAUUUUUUUGUACAAUAACUGGGUGAGAAUGUAAAGGGGGGGAAAUCGUGCAGUAGUACUUUUAUUUUCAUGUGAAGCAAACAGUGAGAAGGUGCUUAACCGUGGUGUACCAACUUGGUCAUUGUUAGUUGGCUCGCUGAAAUGGGAUUUUACAUGAUACUACAUGUAAAAUAUUGGCUGUUUUUAAAGGGUCAGUUCACCCAAAUGAUAAAAAUACAUAUUUUCUAAUUUACCUCGAGUGGUAUCCAGCCAUGCAGAUGCUCUUGGAUUUAGUUUGCCCAGAUUUUGGGAAAUCCUUUCAUGGGAUGUUUAUCUCCAUGACAAUACAGUGGAGCUGGGGUGUGUAACAUGACAGUAUAUACCAUGACAUAAUAUUUGUCAGUUGUUAUUUUGCCAGCAGCUAUCUAUUCAACAUCUCUGGGUAUAUUAACUCUUUGUGGGCAAUUUUGCAGAUCAAUGAGCAGGGCUGUUUAAAAGCCGUAUUGGAAUUUAUUCAAUUUUUGCAUCAAUGUGAUGAAGUACCUUAAAGGAUGGUAAUAUUCUAUAUUUUUCUCAUUGUCAACAAAUCCCUUGAAAAGAUCAAAACCAUCAAUGAGCGUAUCCUAACAAGUAUUGUGUUUGUAUGUGACGGCUGAUAUCUCAUUCCUCUGAGACACAGAGUUGUUGUCCAGACACACAAGCAGGUGACAUGUCCCUUCAUUACCAUGAACACUGCAACUGUAGUUUAAUUGGAGUGGAUCCAACACAAUAGAAAUAUGAUGAGAGUAGAACAGACAUUCCCAUUCAAAUCAACAUCAGCCUUUUUUUAUGUGCACCAUGGUAACCAUUGUAGCGGACUAACUUCCAUAUAAACCUUCAUUUAAAUGACUUGUUGCUGACUUGCAGCAAGUUGUGAACUCACUGGACAGUAUGGCAUCUUAGUGUUAGUGUUAGUCAUCUAUUAAGUUUGUCCACUGUUCCAAAACUCACCAACUCUGGUUUGGUUAAAAUAAAUCCUUAAUUCACAGAAUUAAGGCCGCUGCACGUUAAGUUUUUCCCGGAUACGUUUUCUUAAUCCGUCAUCCAGAAAAACAUCAUAACGCACAGAAACUUUGCACACUGAGUCUGAUGUGUUUUUUGGUUCUAUGGGUUGUGAAAAUUCGCAAUACAAGACAAGAUGAAAAGGCAUAUUUCCUCUCUUGCUUCUUUCCGGUGGAGUUAUUCAUCUAUCACUACUUUCUCUCUCUGUGCACUGCAGCUGCAUCUCUGUCUCAACACUGUCUCUCUGUCUGUGCGCAGUCCACAUCCUCCUCCUCCUCCUCGUCAUCAUCAUCCACCUGAGUAUUACCAUCUGAUCUGUAGAACAUGAGCUAUACUGUACAACCCAUACCUCUGUCUUGUUACAGAUGUGUUCCACUGCCACAUUCUCUUCACUUAUUCUUGGUCAAACAACUCUCUAAAGGCUUCUGAUGGAUGCGAAAAACACACAAAAUUGAACCUGUUUAGAAAGCUUCAAAGACAGACUAAAGUUUUAGACUCGGUGUGCAAAGAUGAGGUUGUAUUUAUUUUCAGACAUGCGACAAUUUCAGAUGAAACAAAAUGGACUCAAUGUGCAAAGGCCUUUAGAUGUGAAAAUAUACUCACUCACUUCUUCGUCUAAGGUAGCUAUAGUAAUGUUCCAUUACAAAGUAAGUAACAGAUUGCCAGAAAACUAAAUAAAGGUAAGCCAAAUUAGAGUUCUCAAACUCAUGAGUGUGACACCGUUUGAUAUCCUUUCCACUCAUUCUGUUUCUAUGCCCAACACUGUGCUCCUGCAGUAAAUACAAAAUGUGUAUUCAUCCACCACUGAAAAUAGUCCUCAACAAAUGUACCAUUUACUCCUGCUUGAGCAGUGCCCAGCUGUUUUAUGAAAUGUCAAAAGAACAAACUGUAUAUUCAUUAUUAGCGUGACCUCAUAAAGUACAACAGUCAGGGAAGACAAGUUAGAAAAAGAGAUGGACGAACACAUUGUUGGUUAAUAAGAUUUUUAUCCACAGGAUUUUAUCCAUAUUGCCCACUCUUAAAAUGGUGGAUGGAGGCGUCCACAAAACAUGCAUAGUUUUACAUAAUUUCUGAUGAAUUAACUGAUAUCUAACUGGAUAUUCAUAAGAAGGUUCCUGGAACGACCUCUUCAAUUUAAUAGUAAUAAUAAGGGAAGUGAGACAGUGUCCAAUUGAUAAUUGAUAGUGUAAUGAGAGUCUUUUAGCCAGUGCUUAGCUCAACAUGUAAAAGUGUGAAAUUAUUCUAAAGGCAAGCAUGGAGAAUUAAGUGUCAUGAUAAUAUUUGAAUAUUGGCUUGAGUUUAAAUGGAGCAGCUCUGUCGAAGAAAUUCCUCUGGAAAUCAACAACUUAUAAACUAACAACUAAAUGAACUUUGAAUUAAUCACACAUAAUUUCCAAGAAACUUUAUUGGGUUUUAAGAGUAUUGCUAACGUAAGAACUGUUUUCCGAAAACAUUUAAAGGCAAAUCUUAAAUACUUUGACCUGCAGGGACAAAAUUCCAUUCACCUGAUUUGAAAUGUGUGGACACAGAAGUCUCAGAGAUAGAUAUCUCACGACCUGGAGGGAUAAAACUAAAGCUUCUUCAUGGAUGGAUACCACUACAGAUAAAUGAGAAAUGUUUUUUUGUCAUUUCGUUGAAGUCACCCGAAACCUGCUUUCUCUACCUGUGAAAUCAUGUAACAUCCUCUUCCACUCUGCUAACUGAGAAUACAAUUUAAGUGUGUACUUGACUCGACAUAGUCAUGACUCUCACCUGAGGUUCUAGGACAAAAACAAGAAAAAAAAAACUGUUUCUGUGUGAAAACAUUUUGCUACAAAAGAAUAUAAAACAUUGAUGCA